UUUUAUUCUUCUUUUGUUGUUGGUUUCUGCUUUUCUUCUUUUUGGGGAUUUAGUUUGAGUUGUAUUUUUCUGCCCCUUAGAUUUCUGCAUUUCCAUGGUUGAUAGUUUGGAGGUUAGGAUAGCUUGUCCGUCGGUCUCCUUCCUUUUCGCGCGUCUGGGGGGGUCUUUGGGCACUUAUCCAUUUCUGGAAAAUUUUGUGUUUGAGGGUAAUUGUCUGAGCGUGGUUUUGGGCGACUUGUUGCCCUUGCUUCGUCAAUCUCUAAAUUGGUUCGAGGGUUUAGCUAGGAGAGGGUCAAUGUCUGAGGUUAGAUCUAGCGAUCUCGAGACUGGGUUGUCUUCUAGUGACGACCCGGUUGAAGGAGAUACAGCCGUCUCUGGCCAACGGGUGGUUAGGGCUUUUCAUGCCCUUGAGGAGAUUUGUGGCCUGGACGCUGAGACCGUGAAUAGAUUCAAGGAUCGGUUUUAGUUCCCCUCUAGGGUUCGUGUUCGUCUACCCAGGGAAGAAGAUAGGGCCUGCCACUUUUCCCCAGGUGAAGUGUGUUUUUAUGAGUCAUCUUUCACCUGCGGGCUUAGAUUCCCCGUCCAUCCGUUCCUGAUGGAACUUCUAGAUCAUUUCGGUAUUGCCCCCGGGCAGCUCAUGCCUAAUUCGUGGAGGAUCGUGAUCAACUGUAUGCAAAUAUGGUUGGCCUCCAACGGGGAUAUGAUCCGGCUGGCUGAGCUCACCUACUUGUACCGCUUGAAAGAAUCCAAAGAGUGGGGGUAUUAUGAGUUAGUCCCCUGGGAGAGAAAGACUAGGAUUGUCAAGGGCUUGCCCUCGUCCUUCAGGUAUUGGAAAUCGCGCUUUUUCUUUGUGUCUGGGGACGACUUCGAGACUCAAUCCAGCAGUGAUUGGGGUGAUAUCCCGAGGUUGCUCCGUCGGUGGGGAACCCCGACCUUAGCUAAGAGACGGCCUGGAUUGAAGAGCAGGUACAAGGAACGCAUAGAGACUGCGAUCGGGUACGCGGAGACGAUUGAGAGCUGGGACGAGCUGGUCGACCCCCGGUCUCUUGCAUUUUACAAUCUCGGUCCUGACCCUUCUCCUUUUGUUCUUCGUCAGCUUGGUAUUGAAGGAAAAAAGAAGAUGACGACCAAGUUCAACAAGGACAUGUACGCGAAGAUGAGGUCGAAGAAGGACGAGCCCUUGUCCAAUCUAGGGAAGAAGAUCGUGCGUGUGACCGGGCAGGGCUCUACUCCUACUCCCCUUAGUACCCUUCCUCCCAUAGCCCUUGAGACGACGAGAACUUCCUCUCCAACUGCGUCAAUAGAGGAGAUCGUCACUCCAGGCUCAAAAAGGCAGCGUGUGGCUGGUAAAGGGAAGGAGAAGAAGAAAGCUGAUGUUUCCUCGUCAACAAUAUGGGAUGAUGAGAGGUUAGCUUUGGACAGGGCUCAUGAGGUCGUCACUCCAGCGGACCUAAGGGCUCUCUCAGACAUGUCUUUGAAUGACGUUGCCUCUCGCCAUGUUCAUAAGCUCGUCCAGGUACGGAGUGGCGUCUCUGACGACCCGAAUGGAGGCCCUGGAGAAAGAGAACUCCGACCUGAAGAAGAACCUGAUUACCUCCAUGGACGAGGCGACCUCUUUGAAGCAGAAGGUCAAAGUGUUAGAUGA